AUGGCACGUGGUAGUGACAGUUCACGGCAGUCAACUCCCACAAGAGUAAGAACACCCCAAAGACGACGACCUCCAGCAUCAAAAAGACUACGACCGUUAUCGUCACCUAGUUCGACAAGGCAGAGAGUCGGGGAUCCCAUAAACCCUGGAAGAGGCAAAAGGCGAUAUCGGCCUGGCACGUUAGCUCUUAGAGAAAUACGACAUUAUCAAAAGACCACGGAUUUACUCCUUCGAAAGCUGCCUUUUGCGCGGGUGGUACGCGAAAUUUCUCAAGAAUUCAUCACUGAAGGUGACGUCGGCCUAAGGUGGCAAAGUGCUGCUUUACUGGCCUUACAGGAAUCUGCAGAAGCAUUUCUGGUACAUCUGUUCGAGGAUGCCAAUCUGUGUGCAAUUCACGCCAAGAGAGUCACGCUUAUGCAGAAAGAUAUUCAACUUGCUCGACGUAUCCGCGGAGUAGUUGCUGGUCUUGGGUAG